AUGAAACCGCGUCCGAAACCGCGCCUGAGCCCGUGCCCGAAACCGCGUCCGAUAUCGUGCCCAAAACUGCGCCCGAAACCGCGUCCUAUUCCGUGUCCGAGACCGCGUACGAAACCGUGUCCGAAACCGCGCAUGAAACCGCGUCCGAAACCGCGCCUGAGCCCGCGCCCUAAACCGCGUCCGAUAUCGUGCCCGAAACUGCGCCCGAAACCGCGUCCUAUAACGCGUCCGAGACCGUGCACGAAACUGCACCCGAAACCGUGCCCGACAACCAUCCACAAUGAUGAAUAA